AUGGCAAGCACAAACUCUAUUAGGGUUUCAUGGCUUCUCCUUCUUGGCCUCUCUUGUAGUUUGCUUAUUAUCUCAGCUGCAGCUUUUGAUGAUCGUCAGCCCUAUAUUGUGUAUAUGGGUGGUCGACAUAAGGGUGAUCCCUCGGCAUCAUCACGGCACAUGGACAACCUAAAGCAAGUUCUUGGCAGCAAGGCAUCAGAAUCAGUACUCUAUACUUACAAGAGGAGUUUCCAUGGAUUUGCCAUGAAGCUUACAAAGGAGGAGAAGCAAAAAGUGGCAGCAAUGCAUGGGGUGGUUUCUGUAUUUCCUUCCGGAAAGAAGCAGCUCCACACAACUAGAUCAUGGGACUUCAUGGGCUUCUCCCUACAAGUCAAUAGAUCAACCACCGAAAGUGACAUCAUCAUCGGAAUGCUCGAUUCUGGGAUUUGGCCGGAGUCUGAUAGCUUCACUGAUAAAGGUAAAAUUGUUGGAGCAAAAUACUACCGCAGUGAUGGAACAUUUAGUCAAGACGAUUUCGUAUCUCCAAGGGAUUCAGAAGGCCAUGGAACACACACUUCAUCAACUGCAGCUGGAGGACUUGUGAGCAUGGCAAGCUUAAUGGGGCUCGGAUUGGGAACGGCUCGAGGCGGGGUUCCAUCAGCACGUAUUGCUGUGUACAAAGUAUGCUGGUCUGAUGGCUGCUAUGAUGCGGAUAUUCUUGCAGCAUUUGAUGAUGCCAUUGCCGAUGGGGUCGAUAUUCUAUCUGUUUCACUUGGUGCUCUUUCGGGGUCUCCUCCUUCGGAUUAUUUCAAUGAUUCCAUAGCCAUUGGAGCAUUUCACGCCAUGAAGAAUGGGAUAUUGACCUCGGCCUCGGCUGGUAACGAUGGUCCUAAUCUUUCAACUGUUUCAAAUUUCGCACCAUGGAUUCUUACUGUUGCUGCUAGCACAAUAGACAGAAAAUUCUUAACUAACGUGAAACUUGGAAACAAUAUGGUUUUUCAGGUGAAGCUUCCUAUCCUCUUCUUUGGAGUUUCAAUAAACACAUUUGACCUCAAUAACUCUGUUUAUCCUAUGAUCUAUGGUGGAAAUGCCCCAAAUAUUUCCGGAGGUUUUAACGGGUCCUUGUCCAGGAACUGCAUUGAAAAUUCAUUGGACCCAACUUUAGUGAAAGGCAAAAUUGUUCUCUGCGACUCUUUUAAUCAUGGACAGUCAGCACUGUUGGCCGGAGCAGCCGGGAUGGUGAUGCAAGAUACUGAUUACGAGGAUGUCGCAUUCUCUUUUGUUUUGCCGGCAGCAGACCUUGGGGUCAACGAUGGUGCCAAUAUUUUCAAGUACUUGAACUCGACAAGAAACCCUAAAGCAACUAUAACGAAGAGCUAUGAGGUGAAUGAUACUUUGGCACCAUAUGUGGCCUCAAUCUCUUCAAGGGGACCAAACCCUAUUACAAGUGACAUUCUCAAGCCGGAUUUAACUGCACCUGGAGUUGAUAUUCUGGCAGCAUGGUCUCUAAAUGGCCCACUUUCUGGAGUACAAGGUGACAAUAGAAGAGUACCAUACAAUAUUAUCUCUGGGACAUCCAUGGCUUGCCCACACGUCACUGGGGCGGCUGCGUAUAUCAAAUCCUUUCACCGUUCAUGGUCACCUGCAGCCAUUAAAUCUGCUCUCAUGACAACUGCCUUUGUAAUGAAUUCAACAGUCUCUCCAUACGAAUUUGGCUAUGGCUCCGGCCAGGUAAAUCCUGUAAAGGCUGUGGAUCCUGGUCUGGUAUACGAUGCAAUCGACUACAUAAAAUUUCUGUGCGGCCAAGGUUACAAUACGACGAUGUUACGGCUCGUCACCGGAGAUAAUAGCACAUGUUCUGAAGCCACAAACGGAACUGUCUGGGAUCUGAACCUUCCUACAUUUGCUCUUUCUACCUCGCCGGGGAUAUCUUUCAGUCGGAACUUCAGCCGGACUGUAACAAACGUUGGAUUACCGAAUUCCACAUAUACUGCUAAAAUUGCUGCCCCCCAAGUGCAAAUCCAAGUUGAGCCAACAGUACUAUCUUUCACUGCUGUUGGGCAAAAGCUCUCAUUCAUGGUGAAGAUGCGAGGAACAAUUGGCAGCAGCACUCUGGUCUCUGCUUCGCUGGUGUGGGAUGAUGGCACCCAUCAAGUGAGGAGCCCCAUUGUUAUCUAUUCUAACGACUUAUAA